CAAGCCGCUUUCUCGUCGGCGAGCACUCUUCCUCUGCUGGUCAGCUCCUCCGGAGCUCACAGUAACUCGAGCGGCGGCAGCGGGAUGAAGCUGGAGGCGGUCAUGGAGAACCUGCAGCGACAGCAGGCGGCUCGACUCGCUCUGGAGGAGAAACUCCGCCAAGCCGAGAAAGAAAAAGACAUCAGGUCUAUGGUGGAGUCGCAAAUUCAACAGCAAGCUAUCGCUUUCCGCCACUAUCAAGCAGCGGUGAGGGGAGCGUUCGCAUCGGGAGCCCCGAACUCGAGCUCCGGCCACCCACACGAGCGCACAGCCGACUCCGACAUCGACGAUGAGGAUGACGACCCAGACCUGGACCGCGGCAUGGACGAUGAAGACCGCGACUUGGAGGAAGAUGACAGUAUGAACGAGACUGGAGGGGAUGAAGAUUUGGAAGGACCCCUAGCUCAUUACCCACCGCGCCUAGCUGUUUAUCCCGGUGCCGGGCAGUCUCCAAAAAAUAGCCCGAUACUGUCCAGAGUCCAGCCAACCUAUCCAGCUCCAAGGCAGGAUGAAUCACCGUGUGGUUUGGCACCACAAGCACAAUCGCAGCACCACGAAUGGACUUAUGAGGAGCAGUUCAAACAGUCAGGCCAAGGCAGCGGGCCAGGGAGGAAGCUGAAAGAUUCAAGUGUUGCUUUCGGUGGCGGUGGCUCUUCGUCUCUGAUUCAGGAG